AUGUCGUACAAUCUGCGGACAAAAGCUCGAAGAGAGGAGUUGCUCGAGCAAGAGAGUAAUCCUGAGUCGGAGUAUGAGGAACAGUCUGGCUCCGAAUCCGAGCAGAACGAAUCUGAUACAGAUGAUGUUUCUUAUUGCGAUGACGAAAUUAGCGAGGAGGACAUGGAAGACGAGGUGCAGAAUGCACGAGCUAAACAGGCUCGAAUGUCUCUAUCAGAUGAAAAUAAUUCUUCUCGAGCUCCACAACGUGGUCGUCCUGUCACGAAAUUGUAUGGGAAAAAUGGAUUUGUCUGGAAAACUCAGUUUGCUGAACGUAGGUCCGACCGUAUGAGUGAUGUCCAAGCGGAGUUUGGAGCAGAAUUAGUUGGAGAAACUCUGAAUCUGCAAAAAAUAGAAAACUUUUGGGAUCUUCUAUUCACCAACGAAAUGAUUGAUCUGAUCGUCGAACGGACCAAUUUAAAAAUUGAACGGGAGUGCGCUGAAAUGGUAGCUGAAGAUAAAUUUGAAUCCUAUCAUCACCAUACCGACGCUGUUGAAAUGAGGGCAUUUAUCGGCGUUCUUUACUAUGCUGGUCUUUGGAAAGCUGCCCACGUCGACGUGAAUGAACUUUGGGAACGGAGGAAUGGACUUGAUUUUUAUAGGUGCGUUUUUACUCACCACAGAUUCACAUUCCUUCAAUUUUGUCUACGUUUCGAUGUUCUGAAAGAACGGGAUCCUGAGGACAGAUUUUCGCCUAUUAGAGAAAUUUGGGACAUUUUUAUAGAAAAUUGUGGAAAAUACUACAGACCUAGCAGUAAAUGUACUGUUGACGAACAGCUACUCAGUUUCCGAGGUAGAUGUAUAUUUCGUAUGUAUAUGAAAGCAAAGCCGGACAAAUAUGGUUUGAAAAUUUUGACUCUAAAUGAUGCAAGUACUGCCUACCUUGUCUUCGCUAUACUCUACCUUGGACAAAAUGCAAAGAUAUCAAACCCGCAAAAACUGCCGAUUUCAGAAUACUUCUUUCAAGAAGUCACCGCUCCCAUACAUGGCACCGAUCGCACAGUCACAUGCGACAAUUGUACAUGCGACAUGUACAAUUGGUUUUCUUCCAUUCCUCUCUUGCAACGUAUGUUGGCUCCACCGUUCAAGCUUUCGAUUACGGGAACCAUAAAAAAGAACAAACAAGAAGUGCCUCUUGAGUUAAAAAUCGCCUCGCCAAAUCCUCCAGCGACAAAAUUUUGCGAAGGAUAUUACCUUACUUUCUUACACUCCCAAAAAAAAGAAAAUUGUGUUAGUCGCUUCAACGUACAUGAACACCAGGGAAAUCGCAAAUGA